CUGUCCGGGGAUCAUGUGACGGCCGCAAAGCGUCGUCCGGCGCGACAGCGUGACACGCAAAGGGUGCGACAGGCGCGGCGUACGGGCGGUGAGAGGGGUCUGGCUGGUUGGGGCAGGGUGAGGAGGAGUAGGCGGUGCUGCCAUUCCCUGGUUUCCUGUCUCCCCGCUUCCUCUCGGCGUGCCAGCGCUGAGGAGGGCUCCCCGGGCCAGAGACGGACAGAGGGGGGAGAAGGGUGACUGCUUUCCCUCCCCCUAUGAGCUCGGACCACAGAACCGCCAUGGCGUCCAACACGGACCGGGAGAUCAUCCUAACCGACUACCAGGACACCAGAAGCCACCUAACUCCUGAACCAAUGGGUAUUAAUCAGAAAAUAGACUUUUCGGACCCCAUGUCACAGCCAAACUUGGAUGAAAUAAAGGAUCAAAUCAAGCGCGAAAUCAGGAAAGAACUUAAAAUCAAAGAAGGUGCCGAAAACCUGCGGAAGGUUACUACAGAUAAAAAGAACUUGGCUUAUGUGGACAAUAUUUUGAAAAAGUCAAAUAAAAAGCUAGAAGAGUUACAUAAUAGUCUUCAGGAGCUAAAUGCACAUAUUGUUGUACGAGAAGCAGAGGAUCUUCCAGAUUGUCCCAAGACACCAGACACUCCGAAAAGUGACUCGGGCUCAUCAGCGCACAAUGGAAGGCUCAUGGCUUUGCAGAAGCAGUUAGACAUUGAGCUGAAAGUCAAACAGGGAGCAGAGAACAUGAUACAGACCUAUUCUAAUGGUCCCUCAAAAGAUAGGAAGCUGCUUGGAACUGCCCAACAAAUGCUACAAGACAGCAAAACAAAAAUAGAAGUAAUACGUAUGCAGAUUCUUCAGGCAAUGCAGCAAACCAAUGAAAUGUCCUUCGAUAAUGCAAAACCUGUGAUUAGUCCACUUGAGCUCCGAAUGGAAGAAUUGCGACACCACUUCAGGAUAGAAUUUGCCGUGGCUGAAGGUGCAAAAAAUGUAAUGAAGCUACUUGGCUCUGGGAAAGUUACAGACAGGAAAGCCCUAUUAGAAGCUCAGUCAAGAUUUAAUGAGUCUAGUCAGAAGCUGGACCUCUUGAAGUAUUCUUUAGAGCAAAGACUUAAUGAACUCCCGAAAAACCAUCCGAAAAGCAGUAUUAUCAUUGAAGAGCUGUCACUGGUGUCAUCUCCAACACUAAGCCCAAGGCAAAGCAUGAUCUCUACACAAAACCAGUACAGCACACUUUCCAAGCCAGCUGCUUUAACAGGUACCCUAGAAGUCCGACUAAUGGGAUGCCAGGAUAUUCUGGACAAUGUUCCCGGCAGGUCCAAAGCCACUACCGCCACCCUCCCAGGCUGGAGUCCAAGUGAAACCAGAUCAUCUUUCAUGAGCAGGACAAGUAAAAAUAAAAGUGUCAGCAGUCGGAAUCUCCUGAAGACAGAUGACUUUUCCAAUGAGGUCUGUGCUGUUCUGAAGCUGGACAAUACCGUAGUUGGGCAGACCAACUGGAAACCUAUUUCAAACCAGUCAUGGGACCAGAAGUUUACGUUGGAGCUAGACAGAUCCCGGGAAUUGGAGAUUUCGGUGUUCUGGAGAGAUUGGCGAUCUCUGUGUGCUGUGAAAUUUCUGAGGUUAGAAGAUUUCCUGGACAACCAGAGACAUGGCAUGUGUCUGUACCUGGAGCCACAGGGCACGCUCUUUGCAGAGGUAACCUUUUUCAAUCCUGUUAUUGAAAGAAGACCAAAACUCCAGAGACAAAAGAAGAUCUUCUCAAAGCAACAAGGAAAAACCUUCCUCAGAGCUCCACAGAUGAACAUUAACAUCGCCACAUGGGGACGACUAGUGAGAAGAGCAAUUCCCACAGUUAAUCACUCUGGCACUUACAGCCCUCAGGUUACUGGUCCUGCUGCAGUGGCGGUGGAGGAUCCACAGAAUCUGGAGUUAUCUCAGUCAGUGAGUGAGUCUCCUAUAGGCAAGUUGGACUUUGAAAUAGAACCAGAGGCACCUAGUGUUCCACCCCGGGCAUCUUCACUAGACCUUGAUCUCUAUCCGGCUUCAACAGACAUUAAAGCACCAAGCAUACCAGCUCAGGACCCUGGAACUAAUUAUGAAUAUUCAAAUAAUAGAAACAGUAUAGCUAUAAAACCAAUAAUCGAUCUAACAAGUGAAGGGGAAAUCACCGUGUCAGAUGUGGAAUAUAACUCUAUACAAGAGACCGAAGAAAGACGAGUGCAGCCACGGUUCCAGUUCAGCUUGCACGACUUCCGGUGUUGUGCAGUAUUAGGCAGAGGACAUUUUGGAAAGGUGCUGCUGGCAGAGUACAAGAACACUAAUGAAAUGUUUGCUAUCAAAGCCUUAAAAAAAGGAGAUAUUGUAUCUCGUGAUGAAGUUGACAGCCUAAUGUGUGAGAAACGCAUCUUUGAAACUGUGAAUAGUGUACGGCACCCGUUCUUGGUGAACCUGUUUGCUUGUUUCCAAACCAAAGAUCAUGUGUGCUUUGUGAUGGAAUAUGCGGCUGGAGGAGACCUAAUGAUGCACAUUCAUGCGGAUGUUUUCUCAGAACCAAGAGCUGUGUUUUAUGCAGCCUGUGUGGUUCUUGGCUUGCAGUAUCUACACGAGCACAAGAUUGUUUAUAGGGAUUUGAAGCUGGACAAUCUCUUGUUGGAUACAGAAGGAUUUGUAAAAAUUGCUGACUUUGGUCUUUGUAAAGAAGGAAUGGGAUUUGGCGAUAGAACUAGCACUUUCUGUGGCACCCCAGAAUUUCUGGCUCCAGAAGUCCUCACAGAAACCUCUUAUACCAGAGCAGUUGACUGGUGGGGGUUGGGAGUCCUCAUCUAUGAGAUGCUUGUUGGUGAGUCCCCAUUUCCUGGAGAUGAUGAAGAGGAAGUAUUUGACAGCAUAGUCAAUGAUGAAGUCAGAUAUCCGCGGUUCCUGUCCACAGAAGCCAUUUCUAUCAUGAGAAGACUAUUGAGGAGAAAUCCAGAGCGCCGCCUGGGAGCAGGUGAAAAGGACGCAGAAGAUGUAAAAAAGCACCCGUUCUUCAGACACAUAGACUGGCAAGCGUUGUUGGCAAAGAAGGUGAAGUCUCCAUUUGUACCCACAAUCAAAGGACGGGAAGAUGUAAGCAAUUUUGACGAUGAAUUUACCUCCGAAGCCCCCCUCCUCACCCCUCCCCGAGAACCGCGGUUACUGACAGAGGAGGAGCAGGAGACGUUCAGAGAUUUUGACUAUAUCGCAGAUUGGUGUUGAGAGCAAGGACACUGUGAAACUGGAGAGAACUGGCUGACAAGAUGACAAAAUAAAAAACAGACUCACCGCUUUGUGCCAUCUUCAGUUCCAGGAUUAUUUUAUUUUUUAAAUCACAUGAAGAUUCUUUUAAAA